GGCCGAGGGCCCCUGACUCGGCUCCGCGCGGCGACAUGGAUCGGAUGGCCAGCUCCAUGAAGCAGGUGCCCAACCCGCUGCCCAAGGUGCUGAGCCGGCGCGGGGUGGGCGCGGGGCUGGAGGCGGCGGAGCGCGAGAGCUUCGAGCGGACUCAGACUGUCAGCAUCAAUAAGGCCAUUAACACGCAGGAAGUGGCUGUGAAGGAAAAACAUGCCAGAACAUGCAUCCUGGGCACCCACCACGAGAAAGGCGCUCAGACCUUCUGGUCUGUGGUCAACCGGCUGCCUCUCUCCAGCAACGCCAUGCUCUGCUGGAAGUUCUGCCAUGUGUUCCACAAGGUCCUCCGCGAUGGACACCCGAACGUCCUGAAGGACUCUCUGAGAUACAAAAGUGAAUUGAGUGACAUGAGCAGGAUGUGGGGCCACCUGAGCGAGGGCUAUGGACAGCUCUGCAGCAUCUACCUCAAACUGCUGAGAACCAAGAUGGAGUUCCACACCAAGAACCCCAGGUUCCCGUGCAACCUUCAGAUGAGCGACCGACAGCUGGACGAGGCUGGAGAAAGUGACGUCAACAACUUUUUCCAGCUAACAGUAGAGAUGUUUGACUACUUGGAGUGUGAACUGAACCUCUUCCAGACUGUGUUCAACUCCCUGGACAUGUCCCGCUCGGUGUCAGUGACCACUGCAGGGCAGUGCCGCCUCGCCCCGCUGAUCCAGGUCAUCCUGGACUGCAGCCACCUCUAUGACUACACCGUCAAGCUCCUCUUCAAACUCCACUCCUGUCUCCCAGCUGACACUCUGCAGGGCCACCGAGACCGCUUCAUGGAGCAGUUCACAAAGUUGAAAGAUCUCUUCCACCGCUCCAGCAACCUCCAGUACUUCAAGCGGCUCAUUCAGAUCCCCCAGCUGCCAGAGAACCCACCCAACUUCCUGCGAGCCUCAGCCCUGUCGGAACACAUCAGCCCCGUGGUGGUCAUCCCUGCAGAGGGCUCAUCCCCUGAUAGUGAACCCAUCCUAGAGAAGGAUGACCUCAUGGACAUGGAUGCCUCCCAGCAGAAUUUAUUUGACAACAAGUUUGAUGACAUCUUUGGCAGCUCCUUCAGCAGCGAUCCCUUCAAUUUCAACAGCCAGAAUGGCAUGAGCAAGGAUGAGAAGGACCACCUGAUCGAGGCCCUGUACAGGGAGAUCAGCGGGCUGAAAGCACAGAUGGAAAACGUGAAGGUAGAGAGCCAACGGGCCAUGCUGCAGCUGAAGGGCCGCGUCAGCGAGCUGGAGGCCGAGCUGGCCGAGCAGCAGCACUUGGGGCGACAGGCGGCUGACAACUGCGAGUUCCUGCGGACAGAGCUGGACGAGCUCAGGAAGCAGCGGGAGGACACGGAGAAGGCCCAGCGGAGCCUGACGGAGAUCGAGAGGAAGGCCCAGGCCAAUGAGCAGCGGUAUAGCAAGUUGAAGGAGAAGUACAGCGAGCUGGUUCAGAACCAUGCCGACCUGCUGCGGAAGAAUGCAGAGGUGACCAAACAGGUGUCUAUGGCCAGACAAGCCCAGGUGGAUUUGGAACGAGAGAAAAAAGAGCUAGAAGAUUCCAUGGAGCGUGUGAGCAGCCAGGCCAAACAGAAGACUCAAGAGCAGCAGGGCAUUCUAGAGAGUUUGAAGCAAGAACUUACCACCAGCAGACAGGAGCUGCAGCUCCUCCACAGCAGCCUGGACACCUCUGCCGAGUCAGAAGCAAAAUGGACAAUGAAGGUCGCUGAACUGGAGGAGGAGCGGGUCAGCUUGGCCAACACAGUGGCUCUUCGGGAAGAGGAAUUAGUAACCCUUCGAGAACAGCUGGAAGGCACACAGCUCAAACUGGCCAGUACACAGGAAUCUAUGGGCCAGCUUGCUAAGGACCAGCAGAAGAGGCUCCUGGUGGGGUCUAGGAAGGCUGCGGAUCUGGCGAUCCAGGAGGCCCUGAGCCAGAUGGAGGAGCCCGCGCUCAUCAGCUGCGCUGGAUCCGCAGAUCACCUUCUUGCCAAGGUCAAGUCCAUGUUCAGCUGCAUUGAGCAACUGGAAAAGAGCCGGGGCCAGUAUCUGGCCUGCCCAGAAGAUAUUGGUGGGCUUCUGCACUCACUGACCCUGCUGGCCCACUUGACCAGUGAGACCCUGGCCCAUGGCAGCACUACCAGCCUCAGGGCCCCGCCCGAGCCCGCUGACUCUCUCACUGAGGCCUGUAAGCAGUAUGGCAGGGAGGCUCUUGCCUAUCUGGCCUCCCUGGAGGAAGAGGAAGCCCUGGAGAAAGCAGACAGCACCACCAUGAGGACCUGCCUCUUAAAGAUCAAGGCCAUCGGCGAGGAGCUGUUGCCCAUGGGCCUGGACAUCAAACAGGAGGAGCUGGGGGACCUCGUGGACAAGGAGAUGGCCGCCACUUCGGCCGCCAUUGAAGCUGCCACAGCUCGGAUAGAGGAAAUGCUCAGCAAAUCUCGAGCAGGGGACACAGGAGUGAAGUUAGAGGUGAAUGAAAGGAUCCUCGGUUCCUGCACCAGCCUGAUGCAGGCCAUCCAGGUCCUGAUUGUGGCCUCGAAGGACCUACAGAGGGAGAUCGUGGAGAGCGGCAGGGGGACUGCAUCCCCUAAAGAAUUUUAUGCCAAGAACUCUCGGUGGACAGAGGGACUCAUCUCAGCCUCCAAAGCCGUGGGCUGGGGAGCCACCAUCAUGGUGGAUGCUGCUGACCUGGUGGUACAAGGCAGAGGGAAGUUUGAGGAGUUGAUGGUGUGUUCGCAUGAAAUUGCUGCUAGCACGGCCCAGCUGGUGGCGGCAUCGAAGGUGAAAGCUGACAAGGACAGUCCCAACCUCGCCCAGCUUCAGCAGGCCUCUCGGGGAGUGAACCAGGCCACCGCAGGGGUCGUGGCCUCCACCAUUUCGGGCAAAUCACAGAUAGAGGAGACAGACAAUAUGGAUUUCUCAAGCAUGACACUGACCCAGAUCAAACGCCAGGAGAUGGAUUCCCAGGUCCGGGUGCUCGAGCUGGAAAACGACCUCCAGAAGGAGCGGCAGCGGCUGGGAGAGCUCCGCAAGAAGCACUAUGAGCUGGCCGGCGUGGCCGAGGGCUGGGAGGAAGGAACAGAAGCGUCUCCAUCUACACUGCAAGAAGCCGUCCCCGAGAAAGAGUAGAGCCAAACCCGCGCCCCACACGUCAGAGUGUAAAUGCUCGUCACCCUUCUGUGUUUGUGAUGCCACAGACCCGGUCCCACACCUUCCCAUUGACUAGAACCGGGGACCUGCAUGACCCCCUCCUCAGGGACUCCCCGAUUGAAUCCAUGAUCUGUUGUCUCUCCCCACCUCUCAGUAUCCAGGCUGGCCCACGCUGUCCACGUGCAAGCCCAAGUCCAAAGAGGCGGGGGGAGCUGGGCACUCCUGGGGAGGACACCAGCCGGUCCUGCGCUCUGCUCUACCUCCGUAGCAGCCGGUGUCCUCCUCAGAGGGACUGGGAGAGGACGAACUGAUGCCUCUCCUUUUCUUUUUCCUUCUCAGUCUUUUCCGUUUCAUCCUUUGCACAAACUUGCGAGCAUUCAAGGGCCGGUGGAUUCCAAACCAGGGCGCUGCCCGCGUCAGUGACUGGGAUGGUGGGAGUAUCCUGGCCGAGAAGGCCACCGUGGCGCGCCCCCUUCGGCAGUCCCGCGGAUUCCCAGUGCUUCUCAUGGUGGUCGUUUGGGUCUUUUGGUUUUAUAUUUUGAAAGUUUCAGUCACUCAGCCAACUCUUCCAAAGGACACCCCUGGAGCCCCGAGCCACCGGGCCCCCGCCCCAGCAGCCUCAGCCCUGGUGCCACGCAGACUUUGCCUUGGUGCUCCAGCUCGGCCUCCUCGCUGAGUGUCCCGCUGAGCGAAUGCCGGUCAGCAGAGGCCAUUCACCAGGGGUGGGCCACAGCUCUCCUCAGGAGGCGGAAGCAGAGCGAGUGCCUUUCCUCCCUAAGGCUGGAGGCCAGCCGAGCACCUCUGUCCACCUUCGCAGGCAACAGGGCUCCGGGACGCCCUUCCUGGGAGCUCCCUGAAGGGGCUCACGCACCUGAUCACAUGCUUGAAUGGAGCUGGUGUGCUAGCAACACUACUUCCCUAGAGAGGAUGGCCUGUGCCAUGCCGUGGCAGGCAGGCCACCUCCGGGAGACCAGGCAGGGCCCCGGGGGAGUGCAGGAGGGUUUCCAGUUCCUUCCUUCAGCGUCCUGCCUGGGCAUCCUCUUGAACCUGAAGAAGAGAGUUCCAUGUGCUACCUGAUCGACAUCUGGAAGAUCAGACCUCCACUUGCUCCCAUCAGGAAAGGACCCUUCGUAUUUAUUACUAACCUCCUUUAAGCAGCAGCGGUCCACAAAGAGAUGCUUGGAGCAAUCGCAGUCGCCAGUGUGGCUGAGGCGAGGCUUAUCUGCUGCCCUCGACACCUGUCUGUCUUCAGAGAUCACCCACAGGGCAAGGGACCAUCCCUGGGCUGUUCCUGGCUUGGAUCCCAAAGCAAGCAGGUUCCUCAGAGCAUUCGGAGCAGGGACCGGGAGAAAGGGGGACCACUGGCUCUGGCUUCUUCCAGCUACACGUUCCCAGCCCUCGCUGCCCUGUGACAGGACCUGGACAGAGGGCACAGCCGCCUAGAGAUGGGCAGCCUCACAGCACUUUUCCACUCCCGAUGAACCCAGCAUUAAGUGACCUUCUGAUCUUGGAAACAACGGCGUCUUCCUUGCUUAUCUGUAGCAGCUCAUAGGUGGUCGCCAGCAGGCGCUUCCUCGGACCUGCCCCCAGGGGUGUCGGGAAGUCGGCCACAUGACGGGUUGUGAGACUUCUGUUUGAUCACUGUGAAUCAACCCCCUUUUCCUUCCCACCCACCCCCCAUGCCCUCUCCUUGCAUUUUCUAAAUGGGACACUCUAAAAAUUGUCCCCCAGGAACUCUGAUGACCGUUCUCAGGCGUGCAGCCUCUGUGCUGGGCUAAGGAGGUGUCUGUGGCAGCAUCUGGGCCGUCCUGGGUUCAGUGCCUCUCUGUGCGAAAUGUUUCUCCAUCCCAAGACUCAGAAGGCGCCGCGUGCAGUGCCCUGGCCCACUUGUGCCAGUCAAGCUGAUUGGUGCGUUCCCAGUGUGGGUCAGCCUUUCCAGAGGUGGUGGACCAAGUCCUCGCUUCUGUGGUCUACAUCAUGCACACCCACAUGUCCCAAAUUAAUCUAUUCUGAUAUGCAUAUCAGAACAGAUUAAAAUUUCCUAAAAUAACACUUGCUCUAAAAACAGUCAUUUUAAAAACCCUCCUGAGCUCAGUCAGCCCAAGUAAUAAAACAGUCAAGACGGCACUCGCCCCAGAGCACAGGCUGACCCAGUGUCACCACCUAUCAGAUGUCACUUAAUCCCUUUUAUAAUAGCUCAGAUGAGAAAUUGUGCCAUCCUCAAGCCCAAAUCAAAUUGUCUGUCUGGCUCUUCUAAAAAGGAGUGGGUGGGAAAUACCUUGGAUGAAAACAAAAAUUCCAUCUCAAAGCUGGAAAUGAACCUCACAGCCUCUUCAAUGAGUUCCUGACCUUCUUAGUAGCUGAAGUAUCAUGGGUGAAUGCAGAUGGUCCCCACACGCAGGCAGCCGCACAGUGAUGGCUUAGGAUUGGACAGCAGUUAACACGCACACCUGCACCUGGUAUCUAAUUUUGUAAUUCAGUCCUCUAAUACCUUUAGAGUUAGCAUAUUCGUGUACAUAAUCAACAGAAAGAUAGAAAAGACCUGCUUUCGUGGGAUUAUUUGACAUCCGAGCACAAAGUUAGGUAAUAAUUUAGAUGACAUGCUGAUUCUGCUGCCCACAGCAGUAUCCCUAAGAUCCCACCUUGAAUACAAGUCCCAGGGGCUGGAAGAACCAAACGGUCCAGAGCGUCCUCUCUUAGAGUUGUUUCCGCUACCAAAUCAGACACCAAGGUUUAUAACGGGCUCAUAAGUACAUGUCAUUUUGGUCAGGCUGGUUUGCUUUGGCCUCUGGCCCCUGAGGAAGGGGGGUUCUCAGCUGGAGCCUGGGAAGUUCUCACUUCCUGGUUGGCUCCUUAGCAUAGAGGGGUCUCCUGGCUCCAUUUCAUCCUGGUUUUUAACAGCUGGUAAGUGUCUUGCUAACUACCGCCUUUCCACGUCUCUGGAAAUCCUCCCAAGGAAAGCCUUCCCAACAUGGGCCUUCCAACCAGAGUGGCUUUGCCUUCUCUCUGCCAUCUUGGUCCUGCAGAGACCGGACUUCCUGUAGCAUAGGGAUCCACCUAUGGAGCCUGCCGGCCACCAGUGCAGCAAACCAAAGCAGCCAUCAGCUGCUCUUUCCUUCAUCUCCCAGGACCAGUGACACACAAUGGUGGCACUGCCUCUCUUGUGCCCCCAGGAGCCAAAGCAAUGGGAAAUAAUGGGUUAGAUGCCAUUGGAUCCAAUUCUGAGAGUAGAUCUUUCCAGACAUGUCUUUCAGGUGACCCUCAACUACCUCAGGUUUGAAAGCCCUAAAGCUGAUUACCACUAACAGGGACAAACCGAGGGGGUUUGGUUAAAUCUUGGUGAUAACACAAAUGUCUCAAACUUAUAACAAACUUAACCUUUAGGUUUGCAGGGAUGGGGUUGGGUCUGGUUUUCUUCUGUUUUUAACCUCUUCCCCAGUUCUCCAUUAGAGUAGUCCCUAUAAAUAAAUUUCAUUUUUCACUGAGUGCCUACCUUCCCAGGGCAGGUAGCCACUGGCUUUUGUUUCCUUCCAACAAUACUUUUAUUAUGGUAUUAAGAACUUUCUUUGUAUAAUACAUUGCAUCUGUGUUUUCAAUUUUUCAAAUAAAUAUUUCAGCCUGGCAA